AUGCCCCCUGCGGCCUUGCCCCCAACCAUGCCAUCUAUGCCAUCCGUCAAGCCGGAAGCCGAGCCGGAAACCGACGCAAAGCCUGCGGAAUCCGCUGCAGCAUCACACCUGGACCUCGAAGCUUGUCCAGCAGUGGGAGGAGCAGGAGCCGCUGUCGCAGCAGUGGACAAAGAGCCCAUCGCAGACUCGCCUUCACGUGGGUCUUCACCCGGUGAGAAAGGAGCAGCUGAUGUGGCAGCGGACAAGGAGCCUGUCACAGAUGUGGCUGCACCUGAAGAGAAAGGACCUUGUACGCUUGGGUCCCACACCAAGCAAGCCGAAGCAGGAUUGCACAGUUCGGACCUGAGCUCAGAUCCGAACGACGCAGGACUCUCGGCAAGUGGGGACUGUACAGAUCUGCCAUUGAAGCUGAACGAUCAUGACGAGCCUAGCAAGCACAACAAGCCCGAGGAACUUCACUCGGAACUUGUUUCAGAGGACGAGCACCCUCAAGCAUUGCCAGGUGUUCCGGAUGGAAACGUCACGACCCCACAGCUGCAGUCCAUGGAUUCCGAUGGUGUCGGGCUGACAAGCCGCUUCAAGUCAAACUCCUCCAACUUGAGAAGAUCCAACUUCAUCGCGCAUGAAAACCGACGAAAAGUUUUCGAGAAGCAGAGCAAGAUCCAGCGCCUUACGGAAUCACCUUGUUUCGAGUCAACAAGCGGAGUCCUAAUCCUCCUAAACUGCCUAUUCGUGGCUUGGCAAACUCAAUCCAAAGCCUUGGACGACGAGUUUCGAGCUGCUGCAGGUUUGGAAUUGGUCGUGUCAGAGCCGCUCGAGUUCACAAUUCUGCAAGGCAUCUUCGUGGUGUGCUUCUCCGUAGAGCUCUGCCUUCGGUUCUUGGCAGACAGGUGGUAUCUGUUCAAUUGCCACAAUCCAAACGCUUUCUGGAAUUGGCUCGAUCUUUUGGUGGUGGCGUUCGACUUGGUCAGCAUUUUUCUGGAAGUCUGGGUUCAGUUCAGCCUUCUGCGGGUGAUACGAGUCGUCCGCGUCAUCCGCGUUGCUAAAAUGAUUCGAGUCAUGAGGACUUUUCAGGAGCUCCGGCUGCUCAUGCACUCCAUAAUCAGCUGCAUUCGCUCCCUCAUCUGGGUUGUGGCUGUUUUGUGCCUGAUGCUGGGCAUGUUCUCCGUGAUGUUCACAUCUGCAGUAGGGUCCACCUUGGACAAUGCAACUGCACGGCGAAGUCCUGACAACUCGGUGUUGAUUGAGCAUUUUGGCACGCUGGAUCGCUCUAUCCUGAAUCUCUACAUGGCAAUGACCGGUGGCACGGACUGGUCGGUCCAGUACGAAGCAAUGUCUCCCCUGCCUGGUAUCUACCUGUCCUUGUUCUUGCUUUACAUUACAUUCAGCAUCUACGCAUUGGCCAAUGUUGUCACAGGCAUUUUCCUCGAGAAUGCUCGUAACUCCGGGAAGAGGGAUCGCGAGCAUGUGAUUGCGGAAGAGCUGCAGCUCAAGACGCAGUUUCUUCAUGAACUGCAGAGAGUGUUUGAUGAGAUGGAUGCGAACGAAAGCGGGACGAUCAGCAAAGAUGAGUUCCAAACCACAUUGCAGGAUGAGCGGGUCCAGGCUUACUUCAAUGCCAUGAAGUUGGAUGCUCGGGAAGUGGAGUACUUGUUUGCACUCCUCGACUACGAUGGUUCAGGUGAAGUCAGCUACUCUGAGUUUGUGGAUGGCUGCUGGAAGCUGCAGGGCGAGGCAAGAAGCCUCGACAUGAAGAUUCUGCAGCUUGAGAUCGAGUCCUUGUCCAAGCUGGUCCACCAUGUGUUGACUAAGGUCUCCACGGAUUCAGUGCCAAUAAAGGCGUGGCAUGUGACCAGCACAGCGUUCAAAACCGCAGAACACGCGUUUUCGAGAUCUUCUCGUUUCCAAGCUCCAAAGGAGCAGGAUGGGAAACAGUCGGGGAAUGACAGACCCUCAAUUUCCGGAUGA